CAGCAUUUAGGGGAAAAAAAACAGGAGAAAAAGGAGAAAGAAUGUCAGAAAAUCUCAUUUACGCUGACUUGAACUUGACUGAAUCAGGCAGGCCUGGACUGCAGAAGGUCAUUGAUGUCCAAGGUUCUACAUACACAGAAGUGAAAGUGAAGUCCCUAGACACAAAUGCUGGUCCUUGUUGUCAUACAGACACCAUUGACAUCAAAGAUAGCAGAAGGGGUAAAAGCUGCUGCUCCAGAACAUGUGUCACUGCAUUGGUUGCUGUGGUAAUCCUCCUACUGGUCUUAGCAGUGUGUCUGGUAUUCUUGUACCACCCAACUACAAGCAGCCCACCUGACUCAAAACCACUCUCUACCACCUGUGAAGAGGCACUGAAGAGAGGUACUGAUUACUCUCUCAUGCCAGUGCAGAGGAGCCAGGAGGCAGGUGAAUGCCUUGGUAUCACAUCACAUCCUGUGACCAUGAUGGAUCAAGUGUCCCAAGUGCAAUUACCUUUAGCUCAAGACUGGGAAAAAAAUGGGAGAAAAUGCUACUUCUUUUCUCCAAAACAGGAAUUAAAAACCUGGAAUGAUUCCCGUAAGGAAUGUAUUGCCAAGGGUUCAGACCUGGUAAUCAUUGACAACGAGGAAGAGUUGGCUUAUCUUAAGUCACGAUCAAUGGGUUCUUACUAUUUCCUUGGUCUCACAUACUCUAAGGAAAAAUGGAAGUGGACUAAUGGCACGGAACAUAACCCUGACAUGUUUCAGAUAGAAAGUAUAUAUUCUGACUAUUUCUGCACUGUCAUUGGACAUGACAAAGUACAAACUGCAUCUUGCAAUGGAUCCUCAACAACAAUAAAUAUGUGUGAAAAAGCUGCUGUUUCAGAAGGGCAGAAAGAGCUAAAAACAAGGGAUCCAGCCAGCAAUGUCAUCGCCAGAUUCCUGUAGGAAUGGUGGAUGGGAUUCACCUCAUUUUUCCUUACCUGCCUAAAUAUCUAGUCAAAGGGAUUCUUACAGCAUCCUUCUAGACAUCUUGCCAAGCUUAGCACUUUUUUUCCCCAAGAUGGGUGUCCAACACUCAAUGGAUCCCCCUCUGGAAGAGUCCACAUUUUCACACCUGAGGAGUCUGGGUGACUUGCUGAUACCGGAUGCCUGACUUUCAAGAAGCCACUCUUGGGUGAUAUGAGUCCAGCCUUGGUGACAGAUGUCAUCACAAGGGAUCCUGUCUUUCACAGACAUCCAUGCAUAUAUACCCAGAUAUUCAUAGCCCUUCUUGGGCACCAGGAGACACUUCAAAGCCUUGCCAUGCACUGAUCUUCCCCACAACCACAAGUGAAGGUCAGCACCUAUUUAUACUUUGGAUCUUUUGUGCAAACACACUUAUUGCCAUGUCUCAUAUAUGAUUGACAGGUCAAAGUCAAAUGUGUAUGUAUAAGCCUUAAUCUUUAAAAAAACUGGCUCUGGUAAAAAAACACACUGGAUAACAGACCCUAUGGGGCUAAAAUGUGUUUCACCAAAAGGGAAAUGAUCCUACACCACAGAUCAGUGCAUAAAAUCACCACUAGUCCUGUGUACAUCAGCAAAAGUAUAGCAGAUUAUGAAUGAGUGCUUCUAGGGAAGCACUAGGAUGAAGAGCAAUAGUGACCACCAAAGCCUGAAAAACAGUGUCUAAAUAUUAGCUUCCACUGGACAAAAAUUAGUCAAAUAGUUACCUGUGAAGAACCUGAUGAGAAGUAUGAGAGUGACC